CUGGAGGACUCCUCAUGUCGCAGAGAUGGUGCUGCGGAAAGUGAACUCUGCUGCUGUUCUUUCCUCCAUCCCUCUACAGAUAGUUUACUAUUUCAACAUGUUUUAUUAUUCUUUUUAUUUUCUUGCUACUUUGCUAAUGAUUAUCUACAAAAGUCAAGCAUUCAGUUUCCCAGAUGGUAAUCUGGCCUUUGAUCUGAUUCUUCUGAUUCUCAUGGUAAUUCUGGAAAUGAUGAGGCUAUAUCUGGGUUUUAAAGGCAACCUGACUGAAGAGACGGUUCCAAUUGUUACUAGCAUGGUCCUAACAAUUGGAAGUCUGAUGCUUUGCCUGUACUUCUUGAUGUGGCAGACCUAUGUGCUGAAAGUAGAUGUAAUAAUCAAUGUAAUCCUCCUGGUAACCUAUGGACUGGAGGGGAUGUUGGAUAUAAUUGCUGCUUCAGCUUUUGCCAGGUUCUACACAUGAUGUGAAUGGAAUGAUGCAUCAUUUGUUCGGGUCACCAAGACAUUCCUGCCAUCUGGAGUUAUUUGCAGUUUGUGUCAAAAGGAUCAAAACUACAAUUUUUUUAUUAUUUACUUUUUAAUUUUGUGGGUAAAUGUUUGGUAAGUUUCUCCUUUGUAUUUCUGACCUCUGUUUUAUCUGACCCCUGCAGCCAAGAGGAUCCACUGGUUGCCUUCAUGCUGCUGGUGUUGCUCCCUGUAGUCCAUCAUUAAGAGAUGCCAGACACUAUCCUGUAUUCAGUAUUGCACAAAUUGGGAGCUGGGUUGCGCCGGUGGAGUGGGAGUUGAGUUGCAUCUGCCCAAGUUUUGUGCUCUGCAAUGAAUGAUGUCAUUGUGCUGUCAAUUCACUGAAAGGAUUUGAACAUGUGAUUAUUCUUUAAUUCAGCCCUGUUUGGGUGGGGGGAGGGGUGAAAUGGAAUUUCCUGAACGGAAUGUAAGUCCUAAGGAUGCUUCAGAUCAUGAGUUGUAGCAGUUUGAUAUUAUUUGUAUCAAAAUAAAAACAUUUAUAUUGAA